AUGACACAACAAAAGAAGACCAUCGCCGUGGUAAACGCGACGGGUCGCCAGGCUGCGUCUUUAAUACGCGUGGCCUCGGCCGUCGGACACAAUGUGCGCGCUCAGAUCCAUUCUCUCAAGGGCUUCGUCGCAGAGGAGCUGCAGGAGCUUCCGAAUGUCACUCUAUUCCAAGGCCCGCUGCUGGGCAACACUCCCCUGAUGGACGCAUUAUUCGAGGGCGCCAACCUUGCAUUCAUCAACACCACCUCACAAUCAGGCGACGAAGUCGCAAUCGGCCGCGACCUCGCCGACGCCGCCAAACGAGCCGGAACCAUCCAACACUACAUCUACAGCAGUAUGCCCGAUCACUCGGUACAUGGGCCCUGGCCUCCGGUACCGCUCUGGGCCCCCAAAUUCACCGUCGAGAACUACAUCCGUCAACUGGGACUUCCUUCGACCUUUGUCUACGCCGGAAUCUACAAUAACAAUUUCACGAGUCUACCCUACCCCCUCUUCCAGAUGGAGCUCAUGCCGGAUGGAAGUUUCGAAUGGCAUGCGCCCUUUGACCCGGACAUUCCGCUGCCCUGGCUGGACGCGGAACAUGAUGUGGGCCCCGCGUUGCUGCAGAUUUUCAAGGAUGGGCCGAAGAAGUGGAAUGGACAUCGUAUCGCGCUCACAUUCGAAACUCUCUCUCCCAAUCAAGUUUGCGCUGCGUUCGAGCGCGCGCUCGGCCGCCCCUGUCGCUACCUGCGCGUCCCCAAGGUCGAAGUGAAAGUCAACAUUCCGCCGGGCUAUCGAGAACAGCUGGAGGCGAUUGAGGUGGUGUUCGGACAGUGCGACGCGCCUUACUUCCCACAGCCCGAGUUCUCCCGUCCGGCCGCUGGAUCCCCCAAGGGACUGGGCCCCGCCAAUGGCAAAGGCGCAGGCGCGGGAAUGAUGCAGGGUCCCGGAGGGGUGAUUUCGCUUCGUGUGACCGACGAGGCCCGGCAUUUAUGGCAGGGGUGGCGCGAUAUGGAGGAAUAUGCGCGCGAGGUCUUCCCGGUGGAGGAAGAGGCCAACGGAUUGGACUGGAUGCUGUAG